AUGUUUGCCAAAGUUUGCCAGUGCCGCCCGCCAGCCCCCUUGGCCGGGAGUGGCCGGGGGUGGCCGGGGGUGGCCCGGGGUGGCCCUGGGUCCCGCCCGCUCCAGGACCCCUCCCCCUUCAUGCAUAUUCACACAGAGGCGGGUCGCCCCUGGAGGCACGGGCCCCUCUGUCCCUGCGGCCCCCCGCCCUCACCCUCCCUCCUGUCCCGGCAGGACUCCUCCGAGUCGCAGGCAGCGGUGACCAGCCCCGUGCGCAGCUCCCGCCGCGGCGAUGCCUUCACGUCCAGCCCCGGGCGCGACCUGCCCCCCUUCGAGGAUGAGUCCGAAGGGCUGCUGGGCACCGAGGGGGGGCUCCCCGAAGAGGAGGAAGAAGGGGAAGAGCUCAUUGGGGAAGGGAUGGAAAGGGACUACCGGCCCAUCCCAGAGCUGGAUGUGUACGAAGCAGAGGGGCUGGCCCUGGAUGAUGAAGAUGUGGAGGAGCUGACUGCCAGCCAGCGGGAAGCUGCUGAGCGAGUGAUGCGGCAGCGGGACCGCGAGCUGGAGCAGGGCAUGGGCCGCAUGAGGAGGGGGCUGCUCUACGACAGUGACGAUGAGGAUGAAGACCGCCCUGCUCGGAAGAGGCGGCUGGCAGAGCGGGCUGCUGAGGGCAUGGAAGAGGAGGAUGAAGACAUGAUUGAGAGCAUUGAGAAUCUGGAAGACAUGAAGGGGCACUCAGUGAGGGAGUGGGUAUCCAUGGCAGCUCCCCGGCUUGAGAUCUAUCACCGCUUCAAGAACUUCCUGAAGACCCAUGUGGAUGACCAUGGGCACAAUGUCUUCAAGGAGAGGAUCAGUGACAUGUGCAAAGAGAACAGAGAGAGUCUGGUGGUGAACUACGAGGAUCUGGCAGCCCAGGAGCAUGUCCUUGCCUACUUUCUGCCUGAGGCCCCAGCAGAGAUGCUGAAGAUCUUUGAUGAAGCAGCCAAGGAAGUGGUGCUGGCCAUGUACCCCAAGUAUGACCGUAUUGCUCAGGAGAUCCAUGUCCGUAUCUCCCACCUCCCUCUGGUGGAAGAGCUGCGGUCACUCAGGCAACUGCACUUGAAUCAGUUGAUCCGGACCAGUGGAGUGGUGACAAGCUGCACAGGGGUCCUGCCUCAGCUCAGCAUGGUCAAAUACAACUGCAGCAAGUGCAACUUCAUCCUAGGACCCUUUUUCCAGUCACAGAACCAGGAGGUGAAACCGGGUUCCUGCCCAGAGUGUCAGUCUCUUGGCCCGUUUGAAAUCAACAUGGAAGAGACAGUGUAUCAGAACUACCAGCGCAUCAAGAUCCAGGAGAGCCCCGGGAAGGUGGCUGCAGGCAGGCUGCCCCGCUCCAAGGAUGCCAUCCUGCUUGCUGAUCUGGUGGACAGCUGCAAGCCAGGAGAUGAGAUUGAGCUGACAGGGAUCUACCACAACAACUAUGAUGGCUCCUUGAACACUGCCAAUGGGUUCCCAGUGUUUGCCACUGUGAUCCUGGCCAACCACAUCGCCAAGAAGGACAACAAACUGGCUGUUGGGGAACUGACUGAUGAAGAUGUGAAAGUGAUUGUGGGUCUGUCCAAGGAUGAGCAAAUUGGGGAGAAGAUUUUUGCCAGCAUUGCCCCAUCUAUUUACGGACAUGAAGAUAUCAAGAGAGGCUUGGCUUUAGCUCUCUUUGGUGGAGAGCCCAAAAACCCAGGUGGCAAACACAAAGUUCGUGGUGACAUCAAUGUGCUUCUGUGUGGAGACCCUGGUACUGCAAAGUCACAGUUUCUCAAAUACAUAGAGAAGGCAUCAAGCAGAGCAAUUUUCACCACUGGCCAGGGUGCUUCUGCUGUGGGCCUCACAGCCUAUGUGCAGAGGCACCCAGUCAGCAAGGAGUGGACUUUAGAGGCAGGAGCCCUCGUGCUGGCUGACAGAGGUGUCUGCCUGAUUGAUGAAUUUGACAAGAUGAAUGAUCAAGAUAGGACCAGCAUCCACGAAGCUAUGGAACAGCAAAGCAUUUCCAUCUCCAAAGCAGGCAUUGUCACAUCCUUGCAAGCUCGCUGCACCAUUAUUGCUGCUGCCAAUCCCAUAGGUGGGCGGUACGACCCGUCGCUGACGUUCUCGGAGAACGUGGACCUGACGGAGCCCAUCAUCUCUCGGUUCGAUAUCCUGUGCGUGGUGAGAGACACGGUGGACUCGGUGCAGGAUGAAAUGCUGGCCCGGUUCGUUGUUGGCAGCCAUGUCAAGCACCACCCAGGCAGCAAGGAGGCAGUGAAUGGGGACACUAAUGAGGUCAUCCUUCCCAACACCUAUGGGGUUGAACCCAUUCCUCAAGAGAUCCUGAGGAAAUACAUCAUCUAUGCCAAAGAGAAGGUCCACCCCAAGCUCAACCAGAUGGACCAGGACAAGGUGGCCAGGAUGUACAGUGACCUCAGGAAGGAGUCUAUGGCCACGGGCAGCAUCCCCAUCACGGUGCGGCACAUCGAGUCCAUGAUCCGCAUGGCCGAGGCGCACGCCCGCAUGCACCUGCGCGACUACGUGGUGGAGGACGACGUCAACAUGGCCAUCAGGGUCAUGCUGGAGAGCUUCAUCGACACCCAGAAGUUCAGCGUCAUGCGCAGCAUGCGCAAGACCUUCUCCCGCUACCUUUCGUUCAAGCGAGACAACAACGAGCUGCUGCUGUUCAUCCUGAAGCAGCUGGUGGCAGAGCAGGUGAUGUACCAGAGGAACCGCUACGGAGCCCAGCAAGACACCGUAGAAGUCCCAGAGAAGGACCUGGUGGACAAGGCUCGGCAGAUCAACAUCCACAACCUCUCAGCCUUCUAUGAUAGUGAAGUGUUCAAGAUGAACAGGUUCAGCCGGGAUGUGAAGAGGAAGCUGAUUGUCCAGCAGUUCUGAGGCUGGCAGCAGAGCCUGCCACAUGCUUCUGUGAGAUGAGACUUCCAUCUUCCAGCCCUCCAGGAAUGCUACAGAGAUCCUGAGCUGCAGGGACUAGGCUGCACAUCCUUCUGCUUGCUUUGUGCCUUAUGGAUUAAGGGAGUGCUGAGCUGCUGAAGACCUUGUAAACAGAACAGAAUUAAGUAGUUAAAUGCCCUGUCAAGUCUGUUUAGCAACUUUGUUCACUGUUUUGCCUUGUAGCUAAGCACGGCAGGGAGAGAAUUGCUGGCCAUACACAUGGCAUGUUUUCUGUUUGUUUGUCACUAGUUGUUACAGGCUCCUCUGCAGGAGGGACCAAGUGGGAGCAUUUGGAAAGCAUUAUCCAUUCCCCCUUGGAUUGCAAGCACCCUCAGGGAUCCUCUGUUCCCAUCUCUGGUGAUUCUACAGCCUGAUGGGUGAUAAUUGAAACUGCUUUCAACUCUCCAUGAACCAGCCAGCCUCUCUGCUCCAGGCCUUUGUCCCUGACACUUGACAUUUCCCCAGGUCCCCACAUGGGUUGACCUUGUGCUUGGUUUCUGCAGGGGAGAAGGGGGGAGGCAGAGGAAUAUAAGAGCUGAAACAAAACAUAGCUCUUUCUGAUCUUACUGAUGAUCUGUAUGGGCACUGAAAACUCCUUCAGUACAUGCUGGGGAAUCUCCAGAAGCUGGAGUGGAGAGGCUUCCCUUGCCUUGGAGGGUGUUAUCUCUGUGUAGCUGUCAGCAAGUGUGAAUUCACAACUGAAUCCAACUGCUACGUUUGACACCUAAACACCCUCUCACACCAGUUUGUUGAGGGUGAAGUACCCGUGGUGCUGGUUUUGGGCAUGGCAGUGAGGAGGCCUAAGCUGGAUGUGUUCAGGGAGGACAGGAUGGGCUCAGUGUUCACAUGCAAUUUUCU